UGACCUACAUCCGAUUGUAAACACCGUUUCCUUUUAGUUGAAUUUUCGGGGUUUCCACAAAAUCGUCAUGGAGAGAUCUGAUAAGUUUUCUUUUAAUUUUUCUUCCUCUAACUUUCCCGAAUACAUAUUCUCAUCUAAUAUUAAAUUAAAUUAUAAGGCUUCUUAAAACUAUAACCAAAAAUCAAUACCGGUAUUCUUAAGACCGUUUAAACUAUUUUAAAUGGAUAUUUUAAAGUCUCUUAUAAUUGCCUCAGAAAAAGCUGCCAAUAUAGCAAGAAUUCUUCGCCAAAAUGACAGAUUACUUAACAUACUUACUGAGCAAAAGGAUUCUUCGGAAGCAAACCCUAAGUUUCAUGAAGAUUUUAAAACAUUAGCCGAUGUUUUAAUUCAAGAGAUGGUUAGACAUGAUGUCAGUUUGAAAUUUCCAGAAAUCAAAACAAAGAUUGAGGGUGAAGAAAAUUGUCACUUCUGGAAUCGGUUAGGUGAAGAGGUAAAUAUCGAAAUUAAAUCGUCUGAAGAGGAGACAACAAAAAUGCUACUAAAUAUUAUGGAUGGAGAGACUGCUGCAAUAUUAGCAGCUGAAGUGCAUAAAAAUAUAUCAUUUAGUGAAAUUGACACCAAAAUGCCUGAGUACGAUUUUGAUAUAAAUAUUGAUGAACUAGGCAUAUGGAUUGAUCCAAUAGAUGGAACAAAUGAGUAUAUAAAAGCCAAAGAAGAUGUCAAAGACGGUGAAAUAUUUUUAAAAGGGUUGAAAUGUGUUACAGUAUUAAUAGGAGUUUAUGACAAAAAUGGUGUGCCAAUAAUAGGUGUAAUUAAUCAACCGUUUUUUGAGAAAAGCAAGAGGAACAGCUACCAAUGUCAUUGGGGAGUGUGUUAUCAAAAUGGUAACAGCCAAAUCAAAAUGUCUACAGUUAAUGAUACCUGUUCGACAAAUAAUAAAAUUAUUUGUGUGAGUAGUAACGAAAACGAAGAAAACUUGAAGGUUUUACGGGAUGGUGGCUAUACACUGGUGUCUCCAAGAGGAGCUGGUUAUAAAUUACUGACAGUGAUUAUAGAUCACAACCUAAUCAUGGAGCAUUAUACAGGGUUUAUCAGACGCAUAUUUUCUGUCAAAACCAACAACUUACUUUUGGGAUACGUGUGCACCGCACGCAAUCCUUCGAGCUCUUGGUGGUAACGUUCUUCACUUAGACGAUAUACUACACCGCCAAAAAAUGGCUGUUAAAUAUGAAAGCAAAGAUAGAUCUAGGACAGACAACUAUAAAGGAAUUUUAGCUUAUAGAGAUGAAAAUGUUCUAGAAUCGUUACUGAAAUUAAACUGGACCAAUUAGAUAUUGUAGAGAUAUUUUAUAGUACAUAUAUAUUUUAUUGUUAUUGUUAGACUGAGUUACCAUCAAUACUAUACGAGCAGCUCUUUUUCUAUUUCUAUUAAAAAUAAAGACUGUUCAGUUGAAAUUAAUGGUUACUCGUGUUCAAAUAGUUACAUGUUGUGUAGCAGAUUGUGCCAAGAAAACAAAUGGGUACACUUAAAUUAUAUCCUAAAAGUAACGAUAUUUGUUUUAUUUCUAGUGGAAAUUAAAUACCAGACUGAAUGUUUUCCCAAUAUGUCA